AGCAAAAUAAGGCAAUAUGGUUGGCUAAUUUACUCAUGAAUUAUUUAUUAAUGACUUUGAGAUGUCGAAUUCAAAGGCCUCGAAAGAGGAGGUUUGCUCCAGUCCUCGGUUUCGCCUCGAAGUAAAACAAAUCGUCGUACUUGAAACCCGGUCAAGCCCUGUCUCGAGACCUUUAUUAAUACACUUCAAUUUUUUUCUAUAGUCAAUUCGACCUUGCCGAAAUAUGCACUAAAUAAUUUUAGCCGGGACCAGUCUCAGCACAAAACUGAAAAUUUCCAUAGCAGAAAUAAAACCUAACCCUAACCCUAACAACGUUUCUCCUCGCCCUCCUAGAUGCUGGAGUUGAGUUCAUCCGAGUCGUGAAUUUCGGCAUGAAGAUGAAGCUGAACACCUUCCCAAAUCUGCCAAGAGACCUUCUAGACUGCCAAGCUGAAGACCAUGGAUUCCCGCCAAAUGAAUGGGACAUUUCGUUAUCGCGGCGAACCGGCUACCUCUACCUAAUCAAAUCGCAUGCACCAUAUCCCCUUCAUGUAACACCAAACCCGUAUCCCAUCCUUACACCACUAAAUCCGAACCCAAGAGUCACCCUUGGUGGAAACCUGAAUCUUGCCAUUACAGAUGACGGCCCUAUAAAAUUCCUAAAAAUCUACAACCUCCAGUACCACCUUCUGAGAGCUUCCAACACCCAGCCACUAAAUGCCCCAGUGACAACAAGAACAGGGCGGACGCAUAUUCGAGACCAUGUUUUCUAUCCUCGUGGCAAUGCAGGAGUCAAGAGAACUCAUUGGGGGACUCCGAAUGGAAGUUCGCGCGGUGUUCAACCACCAUAUCGAUGCGAUUCAGCAUAUUAUAAUGCAUCACCUGUUCAGCCCGGCAAGCUUUGACGUCCAGACUACGUGCAAAACCAUUAGUGUUGGUGAAUAUCUGCAAGAUGCCCAACGUCUCUUUCGUAACGCCAGGCAAAUUCUUGCUGCGGGUGGUGUUAUGAGGCACGACGUUCAAAGGGAGCUGACUCUCCGAGAAAAAGCCAUGCUCGGAGACUUGAAGCUAUUGCUGGGCUACCGACAUGCGGGAUACAGAUCGGACCGUACAAUUGGACGAUAUUGGUGGUUAAAUCGCAACCCAGCUCCACCCAUUCCACCACAGGUACCACCACCUCAACAACCUCCCCAUGUCAUCGACCUAGAGAGUGAAGACGAGGACCAGCCUCCCGCUGCUGAUGAUCGCCCAGUGAGACCGCAACCACCGCCUGCCAACCUAAACAAUCAGCUGAUCAUACUGGCAAGGAACAAUCGUUCUAAUGAUGGAAGAAGACAAGUUAGUUGGCAAGAGGUACACCGGUUGUUCUCAAUGCGACACCCUGAAAUUAACUCAUCAAGGAACCAGUUAAGAAACAGGGUUAGAUAUCUACAACAAAAAAACCCGAACUUGUUGGAGUGAACUCUUAAACUGGAUUAUGUAAAUAGUAAAACGUAGGGAAAAUGUAAAUAGUAUAACAUUCAUAUUUAAACAAAAAAAAAACCCCAAAAUCUUAUUGUUUUGUUUGCUCCAUAGGGUAAAAAAAAAAUCAAAAAACUUUAAAAAAAAAAAAUAAAAAAAAUUGCGUAUUCAUACUCCGUUUUCCAGUCCAAAAUUUUAUGAGUCCAGUUUUCAUGAAUCCGGUCUUUUUUUGUCAUCUGUCAAUCAAGA